AUGUCGGCCGGCGUGCCCAUGGAGCCCCAGCAGGAGAUGAUGUACGCGGCGCCCGCGGAGCCGCAGCGCAUGAACAUCUCCCCGGAGAUGUUCCAGAAGCUCAUGGCCGGGCAUCCCGUGACUGAGGAGGAGAUCCACGCGGACGCCGCGGCCAUGGGCGGGGCGGCGGCGCCUGUCGUGGAGGCGGCCACGGCGGCGGUCGACGCCGCCGCCGACGCGGUGGGCGCGAAGAAGAAGUCCAAGAAGGAGAAGAAGAGCAAGGAUCGGACGGGAGCAAGAAGGUCAAGACCAAGUCCGGGAAGAAGAAGGGCUGCUGCUGAGCGCCAGCGGUGGCCGUUUGCCCCGUGGGGGCUUUUGGUUUAUCGCCUCCGUUGCCCGACGCUGCCGUUUGCCGUCUGGGGGUCUAUUGUACGCGCUCCACCCGGGAGCCAAAGCGUCUGCCAAAGAGCUGUGGGGAGCAGCGGGAGCUGCAGGGCGACGGCGAGCCGCCCCCGAGCCGUUCCAGGGCCCGAGGGGGCCCCCGGGCGGCUCCGGGGCCGAGGUCGCGCCGCAGGCCGUCCGCGCGUGCCGUUCUUAAAGGAAUUGGCAGCUAUGGCCAGCGUAAAAAAGAGGGGGAGCUCCUCAGGCACAAAAUGA